CGAUUAUUAUAAUUAAUUACAAAUUGUUUGUUUUUGGGUUCGGUAUUCCGUGAAUGAAUAUUUCGUGAAUUGAGCGCAAAAUUUAUAAACUUGUUCCGUAAGACAAGUUCUUAAAAUCUUACUCUUUAGUGCAAAAAUAUUGGGGUUCUAGUUUAAUUUUUUACCUUAUUUAUGGCGGUAUAUUGUGGUUACAAACUUUGAAGUGCACAAAAAUUCGCAAUGCAUAUUAAACAAAUUAUUAUACAAGGAUUCAAAAGCUAUAAAGAUCAGACUAUUGUUGAACCCUUCGAUAAAAGACAUAACGUUGUUGUGGGACGAAAUGGGUCGGGAAAAAGCAAUUUCUUUUAUGCUAUACAAUUUGUGCUUAGCGACGAGUUUACACAUCUUCGGCCGGAGCAGAGGCAGGCGCUCUUACACGAAGGAACCGGAGCUAGAGUUAUUUCUGCCUACGUUGAGAUAAUUUUCGAUAAUAGCGAUAACCGUGUACCAAUUGACAAGGAAGAAAUUUAUCUACGAAGAGUGAUUGGUUCUAAAAAAGACCAAUAUUUUUUAAAUAAAAAAGUUGUUCCGAGAACGGAAGUUGUAAAUUUGCUCGAAUCUGCUGGAUUUUCAAAUUCCAAUCCUUACUAUAUAGUGAAACAAGGAAAGAUUAAUCAAAUGGCUACAGCUGCUGAUUCAUACAGAUUAAAGUUAUUGCGUGAAGUAGCUGGCACUCGAGUGUAUGACGAACGGAAAGAGGAAUCUCUAAAUAUAUUACGGGAAACAGAGGGAAAACUUGAAAAAAUUUCUGAGUACCUAAGAACAAUUGAAGAUAGAUUAAAAACUUUAGAAGAAGAAAAGGAAGAGCUAAAGGAAUAUCAAAAAUGGGAUAAAGCAAGAAGAAUGCUAGAGUAUAUAAUACACGAAACUGAAUUAAAAGAGACUAAAAAAGCUCUUGACGAUCUGAAUGAGCAGAAGAAAUCAUCUGUAGAUAAGAAAAAAGUGUAUAAUAUAGAAAUCCAAAAAGCACAAGAACACAUAAAAGAUAUACAGAAACGUUUAAAGGAUGCUAAGAAGGAUGUUGUAUCAACAAAAGAGGAAAGGUCAGUAUUGCUGACGGAACAACAACAAUUGUUGCGUGAAAAAACAAAGCUUGAUUUAAUUAUAAUCGAUCUUAAUGAUGAAGUACAGGGGGACAAUAAAUCGAAAGAAAGGGCUGAUUUAGAGUUAAAAAAAUUAAAAGUAACCAUAGCAGAGAAAGAGAGGGAGUUAGAUGAUGUAAAACCUAAAUACGAAGCAAUGAAGCGUAAAGAAGAAGAGUGCUCUCGAGAACUUGCUCUAAAAGAGCAAAAAAGAAAUGAGUUGUAUGCGAAACAGGGUCGAGGAUCACAAUUCUCUUCACGAGAGGAGAGGGAUAAAUGGAUACUAAAUGAAUUAAAAUCUUUAAGUAAACAAAUAAGAGACAAAAUAAAUCACAACACAAAAUUAGUGGAAGACUUAAAGAAAGAUAGCAACGCUGAAGCAGACUUAAAUAGAAAAAUUGAAGAACACUCUAACGAACUUGAACAAUUAAGACUUCAAAUUGACGAGCAUAACAAAAAAUACUACGAGUUAAAGAAAACUAAAGAUCAAUAUCAAGCAAUGAGAAAUGAGUUAUGGCGCAAAGAAACUCAAAUGACACAGCAACUGCAGACACAUAAGGAAGAACUUUCCAAGACAGACCAAGCAUUAAGAAGUAUGGCUGGUAAGCCGAUACUAAAUGGACGUGACUCCGUUCGGAAAGUAUUGGAUAAUUUUUUUGAACGCGGCCCACCUUUUGCUGAAAUAGCCAAGUCUUAUUAUGGUCCGGUUAUUGAAAACUUUAGUUGUGACAAAACGAUAUACACUGCGGUUGAAGUUACAGCUGGAAAUAGGUUAUUCCACCAUAUCGUUGAAUCUGACAAGGUUGGCACCCAAAUUUUAAAAGAAAUGAAUAAACUUAAGUUGCCGGGAGAAGUUACAUUUAUGCCACUUAAUCGUUUGCAAGUAAAAGUACAUGAUUAUCCCGAUGAUCCAGAUUCCAUUCCAAUGCUCUCAAAACUUAAAUACGAUGAGCAACAUGAUAAAGCGCUGAGAUAUAUUUUUGGAAAAACUUUAAUAUGCAGAAAUUUAGAAAGAGCCACAGAAUUGGCUAAAAGCACAGGUUUAGAUUGUGUCACUUUAGAUGGCGAUCAAGUGUCAUCAAAAGGUUCCCUAACCGGAGGUUAUUUUAAUACGUCAAGAUCGCGUCUGGAAAUACAAAAAAAGCGAUCCGAAUACACACAACAAAUACGCGACUUUGAAAAGGAGCUAAGUAAACUAAGGAAUGAAAUUAAACAAACUGAGAAUAGUAUAAAUUCAGUUGUUUCGGAAAUGCAGAAAACGGAAACAAAACAAGGAAAAACCAAAGACAUUUUUGAAAAACUUCAAGGUGAAAUUCGUUUAAUGAAAGAAGAAUUACUGAGAAUAGAGAAAUAUAGAUCAACCAGAGAAAGAUCUGCUUCACAAUGUAAAGCAAGCUUGGAAGCCAUGAAUAGUACAAAGGCUGGUUUGGAAGCUGAGCUAAACCAAGAACUUUUAUCUAGUUUGUCGGUACAGGAUCAACGAGAAAUAGAUCAGCUUAACGAUGAUAUACGCAAAUUGAAUCAAGAGAAUAAGGAGGCAUUUACUCAAAGAAUGCAAUUGGAAGUUGUAAAAAAUAAACUUGACAAUCUUUUAACCAAUAAUCUCUUUCGGAGGCGAGAUGAAUUAAUUACGGCUCUUCAAGAAAUAUCGGUAGAAGAUCGAAAACGCAAACUAUUGAAUUGUAAAAACGAUUUAAUAUCAGCGGAAAAAAGGAUUAAAAAAGUCAACCUGGAUUUAGAGGACAUCGAAAGACGGGUUCAACAAGCGGUUCAUCUUCAAAAGACUUUACAACAUGAACUUGAAAAUUGGAUGAGAAAAGAAAAAGAUGCUGAAGAAAAAAUUAACGAAGAUUCGAAAAAAAUGGAGAAAUGGACUUCGAAAGAAAUUUUACUUAAUCAAAAACUGGAUGAAUGUGCAGAAAAAAUUGCCAGCCUGGGUGCCCUGCCUCAAGUUGAUGGAGUUUACAGCAAAAUGUCGUUAAAAUCCCUAUUUAAAGAACUUGAAAAGGCAAACCAACAUCUUAAAAAAUAUAAUCACGUAAACAAAAAAGCCCUCGAUCAGUUUCUUAGUUUUUCCGAACAAAAAGAAAAAUUAUAUAAACGAAAAGAUGAAUUAGAUGUCGGAGAUCAAAAGAUUCGAGAAUUGAUGAAUACGCUUGAAAUGCAAAAAGUGGAAGCAAUACAAUUUACAUUUAAGCAAGUCGCCCAAAACUUUACAAAAGUGUUUAAGAAGCUGGUGCCACAAGGCGCCGGUUAUCUUAUACUCAAGACCAAGGACAAUGAAGAUGAAAAAGAUGACAAAGAAGUGGCGAAUUCGGAUGCAUUUACUGGAAUAGGUAUUCGAGUUUCUUUCACAGGUGUGGACGCAGAAAUGAGAGAAAUGAAUCAAUUAUCUGGUGGUCAGAAAUCAUUGGUGGCUCUGGCGCUAAUUUUUGCAAUACAAAAAUGUGAUCCAGCCCCUUUUUACUUAUUUGAUGAGAUAGAUCAGGCACUCGAUGCUCAACAUAGAAAAGCCGUUGCUGAUAUGAUACACGAGCUUAGUGACCAGGCUCAGUUUAUAACAACUACAUUCAGACCAGAGCUACUGGAAAAUGCGCAUAAGUUUUACGGGGUUCGUUUCAGAAAUAAAGUCAGCCACAUAGAUUGUGUUACAAAAGAACAAGCAAAGGAUUUUGUCGAAGAUGAUAAUACACAUGCUUAGGCAUAAUAAAAUCGUAUAUAUUUAUAAAAAAGGAUAUUAAGAAUUAUACGGAUCUGUAAAGAAAAUCAGAAUAGUUCUGAUUUCACAUUAAUAUGUUAAUAAAAUUAAUGAAAAUAUUAUUUUUUAA